AUGGAUUCUGACCCAGAAAGCAAUACAAGUGGCUCAUUGCUUGAUGAACAAGACGACUUUUACAACGAGAGUGGAAGUGAUCUAGAAGUAGAUGAAGAUCAAAAUGGAGACGAUGAAGAUGAAGAUAAAAAAGAACUUGAACAGAAUUGGAGCCAAACAUUUACAAGACAUAAAUUUUUCUCCAAAGGAGGUGAAAGAACGCACAACUAUUACUUUCACCCACACCAUCAAGCCAAUUGA